AUGCUUGUACCCAAGUUGUCUGGGGUGCAUCGCUUUGCUUGUUUGGCCCUUUACAGAGCUCUCCUGCGACAAUGCUCUCCUUCAACCCGCACGCCUCCGUGGCUUAAUCAGACAAAAUCCCUCGUCAAACAACGGUUCCGAAAAUAUAAAGGACUGGAAAGCCCAACCCAGAUCGCCAGUUCCUUGAAGGCAGGCUACCAGGUGCGCGCGUCGCGAAAUGAUCUCGCCUACAGAACUUUUACUAACGAAGGAAGCUAUUCGGAAAAGACACUCGACUUACUUGACUCCGCGUCAAAAGGAAACAAAAAAGAUGCCGAUCAAAUUAUCGCAACACUCGAACAGACUAGGUGCGCCAGAGAGAAACAGGCGGAGCAGCAAAAGAAGCUUCGGGGGAUCAAGUCACCACGACCGCUGUCCAUCAAGCAGCAACGAAAAGAAGAGACGACACGCUUCGAAGAAGCAACUCGACGGCGUCAUCCGGAUACUUCACCAAUUCUAUCCCGCCCGCAUCCCGUGAAAGGAAUACGUAAAGUGCCUUCUUUAGUCAGUGCCAGGGGGAUGCCCUUCUUGCGCAUCAAAAAGCCCCAGCCAAAAAACCUGAGCGGUGUCCUACGGAACAAGCUUGAAAAGCGCUGGAAGCGUAUAUUGCGUCGUGACAGGUUGUCCGAAGACCUUCUAUUUGCCCAAGACGAAGACGCCUGGGAUCGCUUGACCAGAUUCAAAGAGCCAUGCACCUGGUGUGAAGAUGUGCAAGCUUCAUUGGAUGAAGUCAAUCAACAGAUCCGAGAAUCGGACGAUAAGACCAUGGCUUUGGCCCAGGACCUUUGGGAUGUUGUUCUCAAAGAGCGUGCGUUAGCAGAGAAAGAAGCGAAGCAGAGGCAGUUGGCGGCGGAAUCUCUUGCGGGUCAAGAUUGA